UUUCUGCAACCCUUUUUUCUCUGUUUUGCUACAGUUAAUGAAAAUUUCUCAUUCUCUGAUUUUCCUGCAAAUUGUCUUAACUCUUACCUUUAUCUGUUCUCACUUAUUAUUUUCUUCAAUUCAUAUGAUUUUUUGCUGUUUCAAUUUUAAUUAUCCUUUCUGAAUUUAGGAAUCGUGUUCAAAAAGUUUUUAGGUUUCAAUUAGUAGUUAGGUCUAGCAAUUGGCAUUGAUUUCUUCAUGCACAAAAGAAUUUAUCUCCUUGAUUGUUCUCUCAUUAAUCCUUAAAAAAAAUCAUAGGAGAGAUUCAUUCGAUUAGAUUUUCGAAGAUAACGAGUUUUCUCGUCUGUUCAAGCUGUCGAGACGAAUUUAACCAGCUGUCAACAACAAAUUGCCCGAUAUAUAUGCUUUCUUUUACCACCGAAUAGUCAUGAGAGUGAAGGACAAUCCUUCUAGAAAUUCCCAUAAAAACGAAGAUAGCCACGACUGUCCGGGCAGUCCCCGACAUCGUAAGGUGUCGGCGAGAUGGGUUCGUGAUGAAGCAUGCAGGCCCCUUGUAGAUGAAGCACCAGUCUUCUAUCCAACAGCCGAGGAGUUCCGAGACACACUUGGUUAUAUAGCAAGCAUACGCCCUAUAGCCGAGGCUUACGGUAUUUGCAGAAUCGUACCUCCUCCUUCGUGGACCCCACCAUGCCCACUAAAAGACGAAAAGAUAUGGGGGCACACUAGAUUUUCAACACGUGUCCAGCAAGUAGACCUCCUCCAGAACAGAGAGCCCAUGAGAAAGAAAUUGCACCGCAAGAGGAAACGAAGGAAGCAGUAUUUCUCCAGACCGAGGAGGCGGACCCGGCCCGAAACGGAAUCUAACGGUGCUUGUGGUGGUGACAAAGAGGACAAGUUUGGUUUUCAGUCCGGUUCCGAUUUUACCCUCCAAGAAUUUCAGAGAUUUGCAGAGGAGUUUAAAGAAUUGUACUUUGGUGUGAAGGACAAAAAUCCGGAAGAUAAAAAGUGGCUGCCCUCGGUUGAUGAUAUCGAAGGAGAGUAUUGGCGGAUUAUCGAACAGCCUACAGACGAAGUUGAGGUAUACUAUGGAGCUGAUUUGGAAACCGGAAUGCUAGGGAGUGGAUUCCCUAAAGAACCCUCAUUAUCAAAAGACUCGAAAGUAAACGAAUACGUAAAUUCGGGAUGGAAUUUGAAUAAUUUAUCUCGUCUUUCGGGUUCCGUUUUGAGUUUCGAAGAGUGCAACAUCUCAGGGGUGCUUGUGCCGUGGCUUUACAUAGGCAUGUGCUUCUCGUCGUUUUGUUGGCAUGUUGAAGACCACCAUCUCUACUCAUUGAACUAUCUGCACUGGGGAGAUUCAAAAGUUUGGUACGGAGUACCUGGAAUUCACGCCUCUUCGUUAGAGAAGGCAAUGAAGAAACACUUGCCAGAUUUAUUUGAAGAACAACCCGAUUUAUUAAACGAAUUGGUCACGCAGCUGUCACCUUCGGUUGUGAAGUCAGAAGGUGUACCGGUUUAUCGAGCAGUACAGAAUUCGGGGGAGUUUGUUAUUACAUUCCCAAAGGCUUAUCACUCUGGAUUCAACUGUGGUUUUAACUGUGCCGAGGCGGUCAAUGUGGCGCCUGUUGAUUGGCUACAGCACGGACAAAGUGCGGUCGAGCUCUACAGUAUGCAGUGUCACAAGACUUCAAUAUCGCACGAUAAGUUGCUUUUCGCUGCUGCUGACGUGGCGGUCCGUUCACUUUGGGAGAUCUCCGUUCUCAAGAAAGAAAAUCAAGAUAAUUUGAGAUGGAAAAGCGUCUGCGGGAAAGAUGGGAAGCUUACUCAAGCAAUUAAGACGAGGGUUUAUUAUGAGGAGAAAAGAAUAGAGCAUUUACCAGCAGUGACGCGUAUUCAGAAGAUGGAAAAAGAUUUCGAUCUUGAUACAGAGAGGGAAUGCUUUUCUUGCUUUUACGACUUGCAUCAAUCUGCAGUAUGCUGCAAUUGUAACUCGGAUAAAUUUGCAUGCCUUAAACAUGCGAAUCUCAUGUGUUCCUGCAAACCAGACAACAGGGUUGUGCUUCUUCGGUACACCAUUGACGAGUUGAACUCAUUGGUUAAAGCAUUGGAGGAAUCUUUUGAUGCUCUACAAGUAUGGCUAUCCAAAAAUCAUAGUAAUCCUCAAUUGAAAAACGAAUACGUAGAAGAGAUCAGGACUAGCUUUUCUGUUGAACCCGUAAAUUUUGGAUCUGUUGUUUACGGAAAGUUGUGGUGCAACAAGGAUGCUAUAUUCCCUAAAGGAUAUAAAAGUCGCGUAAAGUUCUGGAAUAUUAGCAACCCUCAAAUAGAGAGUAGCUACACAUCAGAAAUAGUGGAUGGUGGGCUUUUAGGACCCUUGUUUAAGGUUAGUCUUGAAGAAAAUCCAGACGAGAGCUUUGUGAACGCUUCAGCCAACGAAUGCUGGGCAAUGGUGCUGCAGAGAAUUAACGAGCAAAUAACAAUACAAAGAUGUUCGGUGAAGCCUUUGAAUAGCAUAAACGGGCUUCAAAUGUUCGGUUUUCUCUCUCCCUCCAUUGUUAAGGCAAUCGAGGCUUUGGAUCCACAUCACAAAUGCACGGAAUAUUGGAAAAACAAGCUCCCCGUUGUGAAGAAGUCGUCGUCAAAUUCGGGUGAUAAUUUAUUAGUAGGUGAAAAGAAAUCUUGGGCAACGGGUUCCGAUGAAGGGGAGAUAGCAGAUAGUUUUGAAGCAGCAGAUGAGUUAUUAAUAGUAGAAAACGGCAAUUCUUUAUCGGAUGAAGAGAUACAGACUGUGUUCAGAAGAAUGCUGAAGAAAGCUAAUUUGGAGGAGAUGGAAGUAGUCAAUAGAAUAUUGUGCAGAGGGUCAACGAGCCCUUUGUGGAGAGUAGCUGUUGAAACACUGACAGAGGAGAUCAAACGAACACAAAAAUGACGUAUCGACUAUUCUUUUUUACAGACAGUUUAGGUACCGAAUUAUCGGCAUUCUUUUACGACAUUUUGGCAUAAAGAUGGGAGUUUCACAAUCCUGAUCAUAAUAGAUGUUAGUUUUCUCCAAAAGAUAGUUUGUACAAAUUUUCUUGAUUUUCUUGAUCCUAACUGUAGAGUGAAAUUCUAUCACAGAAACCAUCUGAUUUGUUGCA